AAAAUAGAGAAUGGGUUGCCCUUGCUUUGGGUUGUGCAAGAAAGGGGAGGGGUCAAAGCUGAAGGCCGGCGAGAAGGCCAGAGAGGUUAAGGAGAAUCGCAAGCCUGCAGAAAAUGUUCCUCCAUCGUCUUCUAAAGUCAAUGUGCUCGGCUCAAAAUUCAACAAUGAAUCGAGAUUGCAAUUGCACGACACAAAAGAUGAGUCAAAUAAUCCUGCCAAGUCUCCAACAUUCACCUAUCGAGAGCUUGCAACUGCAACAAAAAAUUUUAGGGACGAAAGUUUCAUCGGAGAGGGUGGAUUUGGGGUUGUGUACAAGGGGAAGUUAGAGAGCAUUGGUCAGGUUGUAGCUAUCAAGAAGCUUGACCAUUCGGGUCUCCAAGGGGACCCAGAGUUUCUGGUGGAAGUUCUCAUGCUCACUCUUAUGCGUCACCCUAACCUCGUUACUUUGUAUGGUUACUGUGCUGAAGGGAACCAGCGUCUUCUUGUAUAUGAAUACAUGCCCUUAGGAUCCUUGGAAGAACACCUCCAUGAUCGUCCACCAGAUAAGGAGCCUUUAGACUGGAACACGAGGAUGAUGAUUGCUGCUGGUGCAGCCAAAGGAUUGGAAUUUCUGCACCAUCAAGCACAACCUCCUGUUAUAUUCAGGGACUUGAAAUCAUCUAAUAUAUUAUUGGGUGAGGGCUUCCACCCAAAACUUUCUGAUUUUGGGCUUGCAAAGUUUGGUCCAAGUGGUGAUAAGUCACAUGUCUCCACCAGGGUGAUGGGCACCCAAGGUUACUGUGCCCCUGAAUAUGCUACAAGUGGAAAAUUGACAAUGAAAUCUGACAUCUACAGUUUUGGGGUAGUUUUGUUGGAGUUGAUUACCGGACGUAAAGCACUUGAUGUCAGCCAUGGCCGUGAUCGACAACUUGUUGAGUGGGCACGUCCUAUAUUCAAUGAACGCAAUAAAUAUGUGCAAUUAGCAGAUCCAUUGCUGAGAGGUCAGUUCUCGGAAUCUGUGUUGAAGAAGGCUGUAGAUGUGGCAAUCUUGUGUCUCCAAGAAAAGGCCAAUAAUCGGCCUUCCAUGCAGGAUGUGGUGGCUGCCUUGAAUUAUCUGGUGUCCCAAAAGUAUAGCACAAAUAAGGUUAUCAAGGCUGAUAUUAAGGGCACUGAAGAUAACUCUCCAAAUGAAAUAGAUAUGUUGGAUAAGGGCAUAAAAAGGGAGCAAGCUGUUGCAGAGGCCAGGAGUUGGGGAGAGACUUGGAGAGAUAAACGACGUCAAAGUACACAGACUAGUCCUGAUGGCUUAUAAAUGCAGUUGAUCCUGAGCCUCCAUAUGUAAUUUAAGUGAGAAAAAAAAAAAAAAAAAAAAAAAAACAGAAAGAGAGAGAGAUUGAUUGGUCUAGAGUGGUAUAGGAACAUGAUAAAGCAUUGCUGAAAGCCUGAAACUAUUGCUCUUUU